AUGCGCGGGGUCAACAGCCGUUUGGGCCACUGGAAGAAGGCGUACCGGGACCUCACGGAGGCACAGCAUUUGAAGUACGACCCAGAUACCCAGGACAUGCACAAGCUGGUGGCCGGGAAGCUGGGCGUCACUUUGACGGGCCCCGGCUUCACGGAGGCGGAGCCAAAGAAGCGGAGAAACCGAGAGAACAAAAGCUCGCCUCCCCGGAUGUCGGUACCUGACCCGAUCAUCCCCGACUUCCUCUUCCCAGCGCCGGUGGCCGCCCCGGAAGCGCCGCUUGAGAAGGGCCAAGCAGUCCUGUUGAUAGGUCUCCAGAAGGCUCCACACCUCAACGGUCGCAGGGGCGUGGUGGAGCGAGAGGACCCGCGGCCUGCCUCCAAAGGACGCUUCGAGGUGGAGAUCCGAUUGGAUGGAGGGCACUUGGAGGUGAAAUCCAUCAAGCGCGAGAACAUCCAGACCCUGAACAAGGUGGACCGAGAGGCGUGCAAGGCCUGGUCCAAAGCUGAGAAGCUCCACAAAGAAGCGAGGGACAAGCGAGAACAGCAGGAGGAGAUUCAGAAGUACCGAAACGUGGUGGAGGCCGCCCUGGCUGCACUCACCGGAGAUUAG